AUCAUCUUCACCAAGCAGCUCUGAGUUGAAACUGUCUGCUCUGAGAGACUCAACACGCUGCUCACGCUGGGGAGAGAGACAAACAGCUACAGGAGGGAACACUGUCAUCAACUUAAACUCACUGCUGACUAAACCAGAGUACGUUUUUAAGAAUAAAACUCGCAAGUGAAAGUAAACUCCAUACUGCGUUCCACAGGUGGGUGUAACUGGGUGAGAAAAUGGCUUCCAGCUUGUCUCUCCAAGAGGACGAUCUCUCCUGUCCUGUGUGCUGUGACAUCUUUGCAGACCCUAGCCUCCUGAGAAGUAGCCACAGCUUCUGCACAGCCUGUCUGCAGGAAUACUGGAAACACAGAGAAUCACGGCAAUGUCCAGUAUGUAGGAGAUGAUCUUCUAUGGAUCCUCCCUUUAACCUGGCUCUGAGGAACCUGUGUGAGUCCUUCUCACAGGAGAGACGUCAGAGAGCUUCUGCAGGGACUGAGGUGCUCUGCAGUCUGCACAGGGAGACACUCAAACUGCCUGGAAGACAAACAGCCAGUGUGUUUGGUGUGUCAGACUUCUAAAAAACACACUGAUCACAUAUUCAGACCCAUUGAUGAAGCUGCACAGGAUCACAAGGUGGAACUCCAGCCUGCUCUGGAGUCCUUACAAGAGAAGCUGCAGGUCUUUAAUAAAGUUAAACAAAUCUGUGAUCAAACAGCAGAACACAUUAAGAUGCAGGAUACUCACUAAGGUCAGCCAUUGAUCUGACAGUGAGCCAGCAACCCCAGAGGAUCAGAGUGCAGCUGGACUGGGAUGGAGGAAGGCUGUCCUUCUCUGACCCUGAUACAAACACACACCUACACACACUCACACACACCUUCACCGAGAAAGUCUUUCCAUACAUUGGUAUGGUCUGCACUCUCCCUCCUCUGAGGAUCUUACAGUGAAGGCCUCAGUAACUGUAGAACAGCUCAGUCAUUAGAGAUGGUACCACCUCUAUCUGUUACAGUAGAACAGCAUGUUGGGGGUUUACAACCUUCCUGUCAUGAAGACCACCAACCAAAGAACAAAGAUCAACAUGAGAGAGUGAAUUACAGUCUGCUCAGAAUCCAAAUCCGGUGUAUUGUCAAGUAAGUUUACACAAAGAAGGAAUUUGCUUUGGUAGGUUGGUGCAUAACAAAACAUAGUAAGUAAAUUAAACUCAUUCUUUAUUAUUCUACUUGUGUACAUCUGAACAUUAGUCUUGACUUUAUUCAGCUGUAAUUUCUUAGUGUUGUAAUAAAUAUGGUGUGACGCAGUGUGGUUCAUCUCUCCUACAGUACAGCGGAUUCCUCCACCUGUAGACCUUGUAACCUAUUUUUCCUUCGUGCUUACACACAUCGAUAUCAAGCACAGAGCGGAACAGAACCUUUGAGCUGGUGUUCCCGUUCGGACAUUGCGUGGUGCCGGACAGUGUUACGGUUGUUAGUGACGUGAUUCAUCAAGGAAAGAAACACCGCCAGCUACGUUUAAAAAUACCAACAGCUGUUGGAAUUAUUUGAUUAAAAAUAUCAGUACUUGAAUGUCAACAACUAGUGAAUAUCUUAGUGAGGUGUUAUAAGGUGCAGCUGUUGUUCUGUCGGGUACGUAUUUAUUGGGUCUGCUGAUCAUAUCUGUUGGACUGCCGCUAUCUACCAUUACUGGCCCCGUCAGUAAGGUACUAUGAAGCUGUACAGCCUGAGUAUCCUCCACAAGGGAGCGACCAAAGCCAACCUCCUCAAAGCAGCCUACGACCUGUCCUCCUUUAGCUUCUUCCAGCGCUCCAGCGUCCAGGAGUUCAUGACCUUCACCAGCGCCUUGAUAGUGGAGCGUACUGCCAUCGGGAGCAGAGCUUCUGUCAAAGAACAAGAGUACCUCUGCCAUGUGUAUGUGAGAAACGACAGCCUGGGUGCUGUCUUGAUAGCAGACAGCGAGUAUCCUCAGAGAGUCGGCUUCACUCUACUGGACAAGGUCCUGGAGGAGUUCUCCAGACAGGUGGACAGUAUAGACUGGCCCUCUGGCAGCCCUGAAUCCAUCACCUACAAAGCCCUGGACAUCCACCUCGCCCAGUACCAGAAUCCAAGAGAAGCAGAUGCGAUGACCAAGGUUCAGGCCGAGUUGGACGAGACCAAGAUCAUCUUGCACGGCACCAUGGAGAGCCUUCUGAACAGAGGAGAGAAGCUGGACGACCUUGUCCAGAAGUCCGAACACCUAGGGAACCAAUCCAAAGCCUUCUAUAAGACUGCACGAAAGCAGAACUCCUGCUGUGAAAUCAUGUGAGUCGUCCUGCCGUCGCCGUGGACACGCCUCUCUUUGCCUUUCUGCUGCUCCUACAACUCCCAUUAUGCACCAGCAUCCAGAUAUCUGCACCAGGGACAGACUGGCCUCGGGACCACCCAUGAGAGGGGGUGGGGGUUGGGAGGCUGGUGGUCUCUGCAUCUCUGAUAUAUACUGGGGGUGGCGAGGGUGGAGUUUAGGGGGUGGGGCGGGCUGUCAUACUGGAGGUUAUGGGUCGCGAGGAGCAGAAACUACACUUGUUUGCAACCUUUUAACCAUCCACCGGGUGACUGUUUUCGAUGUGUUUAGGACCCGGACCCAGGACAUGACCGUGUGAUUUUUUAUAUUGAGUUGUUUUAAGUUGAGAAAAAAAAACCCCCCAAAAACA